CGAUCUAAAGGGCAGCUCAAGGUGAACGUGAACUUCACACGACAUUAAUUUUCGUCAGACUCGUACCGGUACAGAUUCAGUCUCUUCCAACAUCUCUGUAAGGACAGUUACGUAUAUCCGUUGAAUUCAUAAUGGCACCCGAACGCAAAUUCUUUGUUGGCGGAAACUGGAAAAUGAAUGGCAACAAGAAAGAAAUUGAUGGAAUCAUCGCCUUUCUAACUGCUGGCCCUCUUGAUCCUAAUACAGAAUUGGUGUGUGGUGUCCCAUCUUGUUACUUGGAGUACUGUCACCAGAAACUUCCAGGCACAAUUGGAGUUGCUGCCCAGAAUUGUUACAAGGUUCCUAAGGGUGCUUUCACUGGUGAAAUUUCACCUGCUAUGAUCAAGGAUGUUGGUGUAGAAUGGGUCAUCCUAGGCCACUCAGAAAGAAGAAAUGUAUUUGGUGAAUCUGAUGCUCUUAUUGCAGAAAAAGUUGGCCAUGCGCUAAGUGAAGGCCUGAAAGUUAUUCCUUGCAUUGGAGAGAAACUGGAAGAGCGUGAGUCUGGUAAAACUGAGGAAGUUGUUUUCUCCCAACUGAAAGCAAUUGUUCAAAAGAUUCCCCUAGAUAAAUGGGAAAAUGUGGUUAUUGCAUAUGAGCCUGUUUGGGCUAUUGGAACAGGGAAGACAGCUUCUCCUCAGCAAGCUCAAGAAGUCCAUGGAAAAUUGCGGCAAUGGUUGUCUGAAAACGUGAAUGCCGAGGUUGCCCAAAAGGUUCGAAUUAUUUAUGGAGGAUCUGUUACGGCUGAGAAUUGCCGUGAACUGGCCAAAGAAGCAGAUAUUGAUGGUUCGCUCGUAGGAGGAGCUUCACUGAAACCUGAUUUCAUUCACAUAGUCAAUGCCAGCCAGUGAAACCUGAAGUCAAGAAAUCGUUUAAAAGAUUUCUAUUGUGUUUUUUUUUUCUCCAGGUAGUGGAAUGCUUGAUAAACUCCUUAACUUGAUUUCUUCUUUCAUGGCUUUCCCUAAUCGUGUUGGUGUUCCUUUUUUAUGUGUUCGUUAAUAGAAAUAUAGGAUAUGAAAAAUAA